AACGGGUUUAUACAGUCGAAUGUUGCCAGCCGGCGUCAAGAAGAAGAGGGUGCCAUCGUCUUCCUCUUGCCGUUGCCGCCGCGGAAAGGAGCUUAGCUGAUCAGAUCGAGAAGCGCGGUUACCCGACGGGCUGGGUCUAUGGUCGCUCCGCGGGCCGCUCCGCCGGCUGGUGCUUUUUUAUCAGGGCAAGCUGUGCUCCAUGGCAGGGAACUUUUGGCAGAGCUCCCACUAUUUGCAGUGGAUUUUGGAUAAACAAGAUCUGUUGAAGGAACGCCAGAAGGAUUUAAAGUUUCUCUCAGAAGAAGAGUAUUGGAAAUUACAGAUAUUUUUUACAAAUGUUAUCCAAGCAUUAGGUGAGCAUCUUAAAUUAAGACAACAAGUUAUUGCCACUGCUACGGUGUAUUUCAAGAGAUUCUAUGCCAGGUAUUCUCUGAAAAGUAUAGACCCUGUAUUAAUGGCUCCUACAUGUGUGUUUUUGGCAUCCAAAGUGGAGGAAUUUGGGGUAGUUUCAAAUACAAGAUUGAUUGCUGCUGCUACUUCUGUAUUAAAAACUAGAUUUUCAUAUGCCUUCCCAAAGGAAUUUCCUUAUAGGAUGAAUCAUAUAUUAGAAUGUGAAUUCUAUCUUUUAGAAUUAAUGGAUUGUUGCUUGAUAGUGUAUCAUCCUUAUAGACCUUUGCUCCAGUAUGUGCAGGACAUGGGCCAAGAAGACAUGUUGCUUCCCCUUGCAUGGAGGAUAGUGAAUGAUACCUACAGAACGGAUCUUUGCCUACUGUAUCCUCCUUUCAUGAUAGCUUUAGCUUGUCUACAUGUAGCCUGUGUGGUACAGCAGAAAGAUGCCAGGCAGUGGUUUGCUGAGCUUUCUGUGGAUAUGGAGAAGAUUUUGGAAAUAAUCAGGGUUAUUUUAAAACUAUAUGAGCAGUGGAAGAAUUUCGAUGAGAGAAAAGAGAUGGCAACUAUUCUUAGUAAGAUGCCAAAACCAAAACCACCUCCAAACAGAAAUUCCCUGAGUGAUUCUCCACUAGUGGCAGGGCCUGAAGCUGCAAGAUGAUGGUGGAGAAGAUAAGGCAAUAAUCCUAUUGCCACAGUUACUGUGAAGGAGAGCAGGGUCCAAAUGGAAGUCAGAACUCUAGCUACAGCCAAUCUUAAAACAUUCCGAAGAAUUCCAUAGUGGACCUCUUGGAAAUAAACCAUUGGACAGAUUUCAGUAAUGUCUUCAGUGGAACACAAAUGAAAAUGAAUAGCUUGUUUCUGUCAAGCAAUAUUGGGAAGUGAUUUUAUUUUUGAAAAAUAAGUUUUUCUUUACCUAAUUUGAUUUUAAUACAUAAUUGAUUAAAAUCUCUUCGUUAUAAAAGUUGAGAAAGGGUCUGGGGAUUUACCUCAGUGGUUCUGCUGCCUGCCUCACAAGCACAAGGACCUGAGUUCAAUCCCUGGUACCAAAAAAAAAAAAGUUGAGAAAGGUUCUGAGGGAACCUACAGACAGACAUACAUAGAUAUUUCAAAAUUAGUAGCUUUUGCUUAGUAUACUACUUCUUAAUUUGUAUAAUAAAAAUUGUAGCUUUUUAUUAUGUCAGGAAACAAAACAUGAUUUGUUUAAAAUUCUCUUUGGUCAUUGAGAGACCAAAAAAGGACAUAAAAAGAUCAAUAUAUGAGGGUUUUUAUCCCCUCUGUACUUUAAACUUUAAAACUAUUUAAGGAAUCAAACCUUACAAAAAUCCUAGAAAUAAUCAGGGAAAUUAAUCAAGUACUUACUGGUUUUUAAAAUGUAUUUUAUUAAGUAGUUUUGGUAUCUUGCCAUGGAAGAUACUAGCCCUGUCUAGCAGAAGAGUGCAAUAUGUAUAGCAUAAUUUUGACGUUUUAAAAGUUACAUUAAUUCCAUAACUAUUUUGAAAUGCUGGGAAAAUUUUAAAAAGCAAUCCAUAUCAAGUGAUUUGCAAUUAAUUUGCAGUUAAACAGGCAUUUUGAAAAUUGAAUAAAAUACCAUAAUAAGGUUAAAAUUUGGUAAAAUCUUUGUUAAUUUUUAGCUGUGAAAAGUUUUUAAAAUAAAAUUAAUACAUCGUAGUUUAAUUUUGUGUCUUAGUGUGGACAUAUAAAUUUAUUGCAGGUAUCCUGAGCCAGGAACACAAUCAGGUUUCAGGCCAGUUUGAUACUGGCUAUUAUUCUGACAAGUGUAGGAUUUCAGACUAAAUGUUAUGUCAGUAGGACUGUGCUGUCUGUGAAACCUAAUAAAUUAAUCAUUUUCUUCAUACUUGAAGGAGAGUGAUAAAUAAAACUUGGAGUCAUAGGAUAUUAAUGUACGAUUUAAAGAUUAAAAAUUUUUAUAGCUUGUGAACAAUGGAUUAUUCAGUGUUGACUUCCUAGUAUAAAACAAGAAUAAAAGUACAUUCUCCAUCCAUA